GCGUGUCUUCACUUUCCCAUUCUUCUGAACGUGCAACUUGGUCUGGAAAUCACAGUCACAAUGACGCUCCAGUGGACGGCCGUGGCUUUCUUCCUCUAUGCAGAGAUAGCAUUGAACCUCAUCUUGUGUAUACCCUUCAUAUCAGCACGCAGAUGGCGUUCUGUUUUCAGCUGGAGAAUAUGGAACUGGUUAACUCCGUAUAGGAACAAAUGCUUUUUUACCAUGAUCAUGGUUCUUAUUGUUCUUUUCCUUGACGCUGUCCGGGAGGUGCAGAAGUAUUCAGGUGCUGAGCCCAUGCACGAUGUCAAGAUUAACCCAAAUUUGUUCGACAACGUCCACAUGAAGCUGUUCAGAGCGCAGAGGAACCUCUACAUAUCUGGCUUCUCUCUCUUCCUCUGGCUUAUCAUGCGCAGGACUGUCACCUUGCUGAACCAGGUUGCUGUCACCGUGGAGAACAGUGCAGGUCUUCAGGCACAGAUGGACAGUGCUGUCAAAGUAGCAAAGCAGCAUCAGGAUGACAACCUGAAGCUUAAGCAAGCUCUCCUAAAUGAGGAAAAAGCCAUGUCAGCAAAAAACCAGGUACUGAAGCUGGACAGUGAGAAGCUGGCAGAUCAAGUGAAGACUUCUGAGGAAGCUGUGCGUAAAUCUUAUGCUGAAGUGGAGGCCAUAAAGAGGCAGGCUAAAGGUCUGGCACAAGAGUAUGACCGACUGUUGACUGAACACCAUCAACUCCAGAAUGUCAAGAGUGGAGAUAAAAAGGAUCUGUAACCACAUGAACACAGAGACUAUUGUUGUCAGGUUUCUCCUCUGUACAGGGAUACCUUUUCUUCUCAUCACAUUAAAACUGUGUGUUAUAUGCAGAGUGUUAAAUAUGUUUUUGUUGCUUUGCAUGUAACUUAGAAUUAGAAGUGUACAAAUUAGUUGAAAUGUUGUCUCAGGGACCCAUGCUAACGUUGGAUUAUGACUGAAACAGUUAACAUCCAAGAAAUAUAUUAUGCUAUUAUGCUUAACUUUGUGUCACUGCAGAGAGAUCGUGAACCGGUUUAUGAAUUGCUAUGCAUUCUGAAAUGUGUAAAGGGAGGAGAGCACUAACUUGUUUUAAAAGAGGUUCAAAUAUUUUUGAAUAAUGUGCCUUUGAAUAUUACUGAGCAUUUUGGAAUGGUAGAUCUAUCUUCAAGCCAUAAUACCUUUAAUAUACUAUUAAUAAAGAUUGCUGUUCUGGCUUCUCUUGACAUUUUGUAAUUUGUUGACAAUUUGGUCCUGUAUAUGACACACAAAUAAACACAUAAAACCUG